UAUGAAUCACUCCAAAUGUUCUUCACUAUUGUUGCUGCACAAGGAUUGGAUUUCUGGCUCAUAGAUUUCAUAGGCACAUACCUAAAUGCUAAAAGUGAAAACUAUAUGAAUCUAUCACAAGAGUAUGAAGAGAUUAUAACUAGGGACUUAUCACCAGAUGAUUACAUUCUUAAAAUGCACCAUGUAAUAUACAGAACAAUGAAUGCCAGUAAUGCAUGGUUCAACAAGUUAAACAAAUCUCUUAUAGCACUUGGCUAUAUUCAGUCAUAA